AUGGCAUUGGCUCUCGUGUGUCUCCUGACCCUGACAGGUUUGAAGGCAGAUUUAAGAAAAUCUCUCUUUGGGCAGCACAUUGCGUCUAAAGUUGUAUUAAAAGCUGUAACAUCAUUUAUGAAUGACAGAAACCCAAACAAACCGCUGGUCCUCUCUUUCUUUGGGACUACAGGAGUUGGAAAAAACCAUGUUACUAAAAUAAUUUCAAAAAAUGUGUACAAAAAAGGGGAAAACUGCAAACAUGUUCACACAUUUAUAUCUGAGCAUCAUUUCCCACACAAAAUGAAGUCAGAUCUAUACAGUUCACAGCUAAAGCAGUGGAUUCAUGGAAAUGUAUCAAGUUUUCCCCGCUCCAUGUUCAUAUUUGAUGAAAUGGACAAGAUGCAUCCACGGCUGAUUGAUGCCAUUAAACCUUUUCUAGACUACAAUGCCCGUGUAGACGGAGUGUCAUUCCACAAGGCAAUCUUCAUUUUUCUCAGCAAUGCAGGUGGGAAGGUGAUUGCUGACAUGGCUCUGGAUUUCUGGAGAGAAGGCAAAGCUCGGGAAAAACUGUGGUUGAACAGCAAGGGACUGGAGACUAAAAUCUCUCAAAACAUCUUCAAUGAUAAGAACAGUGGAUUUCUGCACUCCAGUAUCAUAGAUCAUCAUCUGAUUGAUCAUUAUAUUCCUUUCCUACCUCUGGAGCUGAAGCAUGUGCGUCAGUGUGUCCUGGCUGAGAUGGUCCAUCUGAAUAUGAUCCAAGACUUUGAUCUGGCAGACAAAGUGGCCAGAGACAUGCCCUUCUUCCCUGAAGAAGUGAAAAUCUUUGCUGUUAAAGGCUGCAAGUCUGUCAAACAGAAACUGGCACUGUAUAUUGAUGACAGCGGUGAAUUCACUUAUUACUGAAAAAAUAGGAGACCAAUUUUCCAUAUUAAAAAAUCCUUAAAAUAGUGUAAAUAUAAAAUUACUUCAGAAGCAAUACUGAAUAAAAUAUUAAGACUUGUUUACAUAGAAUGUGUGUUUAAUACAAGUGUAUUUUGUCUUGCACUGGCAGAUCUUUUCACAUAAAUCCAUAAUGCCUAAAAAUGUAAAAGAUGCAGAUCCACAAUAAUCUAUUUUGAGCAAAAAAAAUAGUAUGUCUAUUUUUCAGAUGUUGAUUUAGGGAUUGUUAACACGUAUUCUUGCAUUCUGUCUGGGUGUCUUUUUGUGUUUUGCUUUUAUUUUUUGGUCUAACUAAUACUUUCACCUAUUUCAACUUCAAGUUCAAUUGCUGCCUUAAAUUUAAAAUAAAAAAGUGUUUCAUCUCAUUUUAUAUCUUGACUAGCAUUGCUCUCUGUAAGUUAAUAUAACUGCAGUAUGUUUCAGCUUAGCAAAGUGUGUACAAAAAACUAUUUGAGUUUGAAUUAAUUUUAUGAAUUGCUGC